ACUUCUCAUACAACAAAAUUGCGACAAACUGUAGAUCUCCACAACUUCAACGGCUAACUUUACCUUUUUGUUCUAUGUUAGAUGUCAGAUCCAUUGACAGCCCUGAUAUGCCGUCCAACUCGCAAUGCUCACCCGGACACGUAGGCACAGCACGUGCAGUGCGCUGCCGCGUGGAUGCACGUGGCGGUUGCCUCCAGAUCUGUGUUGCCGGCUUGCGGCGUGGAUGUACACGUGGCGUGGCGGAGGAUACAAAAUGAACAGCACAGGCCAGGGCACAGACGCACGCGUCAGGUGCACCGUGCACCCGCUGAAUUGAACACCUCACCACCAUGGACAUGGAGGCGCAGGCGGCAAAGGCGAGAACCGAGGACCCGCGACGUCCUCCCAGCGACGGCGGGCCUGCAGGAGCGAAGUGCGUGGAGGGUGGAGGCGACGGUGCCAGCCGGAGCACGGCAAAGCGGGAGGCCGAGAAGGCGGCUGCGGUGGAGGCGGAGGGCGCCCUGCCGCUGCCGCUGCCGCACGAACGGGUGCCGCAGCCGCGCGACGUGUACAACGAGCAGCUGGAGCGGAUGUGAAUGCAUGUUUUCUGCUCGGCAGUCUCGAUGAACCCCAAUCGACCCAAUGAUCGAUCGAGCGAUCCUGCUACGGGUCCUCUUUGAUUCCUAGAGCUCUCACCUCAGCAGUGGAGGAAAAAAACUGGAUGCACUGGCUAUUAUGUGUGUAUGUUGUGAGAGUAGUGGGGAGGUUUCCCUAAACAUUUUUAUGAGGUGAACGUUAGCGGUGUCAGAAAAGCUGGAGUCGGUGAAGCUCAAACAGUAUAUAGUACGUAGGAGAUGGACCUACCUAAUACGUAGGUGGAGUCAGAGGAGUGUAUAUAUUUAACAGUAUGUAAUAUGUUGUAAUAUCUAGGUGAAGAGAGUUAUAUAAACAGUAUAUAGGAGUAGUAUUUA